UGGGUUGAAGCUAACGAGAAUAGUCCAAACCCAGAUUGCAAGAUGCUGUUCCGGACUGAGGACGACGAAGAUAACGAUAAUUUAUCUAAGCCACCCAGGCUACUUAAAGGGAGAAGCCCAAUGGAGUUGCUGCCGGCGAGCUCGGAAGACCUCCGCCAGGAAGAAGCAGACGACAAACCUGGCAUGUUCAAGCGUGUUAUUAUCCGGCUCCUCAAAUACGGAUCAGAUUUUGCCAGCUCGGAAUUUGGUGGUAACAUCGAUGGGUAUCCGCUAAGCGACGCGUCGUCCUAUAUUGGCUUGCCCCAGGUCCAAAUUCUGGCUAGCGAGGGUUCAUCGAAACCACCGAACCUCGAGAUGCCUUGGGGCUGUUUGUCUCCAAAUGCACAAGCUCUGGGAGACAUCCGCUGACUCUGCCGCAGAUUCCUUCGACAAUGCUAGCUCUAACUUCCCCUUCCCUUCACCAGGUCCCUCUAUACUCGAUGACGACGAAUCCAAAUUUCUAGAUAGCUUCUUCGAUGGCGUGAGCUCGGAUCAAUUCAAUUAUGACUCUUUCAGCAACCCUCCAGACGGCUCCGAGCUUGGCCUUGGAUGGGAGGAGCUACCCCCGACGUUUAUGGGAACAACUUCUUCGUUUGGCCAACAGCCUCAACCUGGUAAUCAUGGAUUCUCGGAUAUGAACUUUGGCAAUAUGAACAUGCAGAUGCACGCCGGCCCUUCAAUACUUCCCGCCACAUCCGCCGACGUUCUGGCAGCAGCUACGCUAUUACAAAGCGGACCACGUGGUAGAUCAAUGAGUUUGCAGGAUGGCAUGUUUCGUGAGGAUAUUCCAGGACUAACAAACGGCCAAGUGAGGCAUCAAUCGAUAACUCAACAAACACCUCGAUCCCAAGCAGGCUUUCAGCAACGUUUACCUCCUGACGAUGUCAUCCCAGAUACUUUCUAUACGGACAUGAUGUUUGGACCUCAGAGCAGUUCAUGAAUGCGUCAUCGCGGAGUGAGCCAAAAAGCCGAUCUUCGUUGGGGAUCUGAUCCAAGCUUUGCUCAAGGCUUCCUUCCUCCUGACUAUCAGGAAAAUGUGAUGGCUACGGAAAGGUCACAUAUUA